CUUGCCCCUUAAAGGUCUUCUGCUUCUGCAGGAUGAUGCUGCCUAAGAAGGGGAGGCUGCUGAUGCUCCUGGCUUCCCAGGUGAUAGUCAUAGCACUCUUCUUCCAUAUGUUCGGCCAUAGACACUUGUUCCAGGAGGAGGAGCCCAGGAGGCCCAUGCAUGUGCUGGUCCUGUCUUCCUGGCGGUCAGGAUCCUCUUUUGUGGGGCAGCUUUUUGGGCAGCACCCUGAUGUCUUCUACCUGAUGGAGCCUGCCUGGCACGUGUGGAUGACUUUCACCAGCAGCACGGCCUGGAAGCUGCACAUGGCUGUGCGGGACCUUCUGCGUUCCAUCUUCCUGUGUGACAUGAGCGUCUUUGAUGCCUACAUGGAGCCAGGCCCCCGGAAACAGUCCAGCCUCUUCCAGUGGGAGCAAAGCCGGGCCCUGUGCUCUUCGCCUGUUUGUGACUUCUUCUCUGGUGACCAGAUCAGCUCCCCCAAGCACUGCAAGGUGCUCUGCAGCCAGCAGCCCUUUGAUAUGGUGGAGAAGGCCUGCCGCUUUCACAGUCACGUGGUGCUCAAGGAGGUGCGCCUCUUUAACCUGCAGGCCCUCUACCCGCUGCUCACAGACCCUUCCCUCAACCUGCACAUCGUGCACCUGGUCCGAGACCCCCGGGCUGUGUUCCGAUCUCGCGAACACACCACACUGGAGCUUAUGACUGACAGUCACAUGGUGCUGGGGCAGCAUUUGAAAACGACCAAGAAGGAAGACCAGCCCUACUACGCCAUGCAGAUCAUCUGCAAAAGCCACGUGGAUAUAGCGAAGGCCGUCCAAACCCUGCCUGAAGCUCUGCAGCAGCGCUUCCUGCUCCUGAGGUAUGAGGACCUGGUUCGGGCACCCCUGGACCAGACGUCCAGAUUAUACAAGUUUGUGGGGUUGAAUUUUUUUCCCCAUCUCCAAACCUGGGUUCACAAUGUCACCCGUGGCAAAGGCAUGGGUCAGCAUGCCUUCCACACUAACGCCAGGGACGCCCUCAAUGUCUCCCAGGCGUGGCGUUGGUCCUUACCUUAUAAAAAGGUUUCUCUACUUCAAGACGUCUGUGGUGAGGCUAUGGAUUUGCUGGGAUACCUCCAGGUCAGAUCCCAAAAAGAACAAAGCAACCUUUCGCUGGAUCUUCUGUCUUCUUCCCAUACCUUGGGGCAAGUCUACCAAGAAGGCUGAGGAGCUCUGCCUGCACCAGCUGGUCCCAGCCUCAGUCACCAUUAAAGGAUUGGAAUUAAGGCAUCUCUAGGUGAGCAAAUGGAAUGCUUACUCAUGCACAGCCCCAAGCAGAGGAGCCUUUGUGUCUACAUUCAGGUCUAUACUACAGCUGAGCCUAAAGGCCAAGGAGCAAACUCUGUCUACCGUGAAAAGACUUCGGAACCU